GAUUUAAGAAAUCAUAGUGAAAGCCCACAUUCCAAAGUGCAUAAUCAUGAAGCUAUGGCUGAAGAUGUUGUAACAUUCAUGAACGAACACCAACUUAAAAAAACAAAUUUAAUGGGACAUUCUAUGGGAGGGAAAGUAGCUAUGACAAUGGCUCUUAGACAAGUAUCUCAGAUUGAUCAACUUGUAGUUGUCGACAGUGCACCAACUAAUACUGACUUAUCAAAAGAGUUUUAUACUUAUACCGAAGUAAUGAAAAAAGUUGAGCAAACUGGGGUCAUGAAACAUAGUCAGGCUGAUGAAAUGAUGAAAGAUUAUAUUUCGGACAUUAAUAUACGACAAUUUUUGUUGACGAAUCUUAAGAAAGAUCCAGAAACAGGAGUAUACAAAUUUCGUAUUCCAUUAGACAUCCUUAGCAAUUCACUUGAAACAUUGUCCGGAUUUCCUUUUGAUUCUGCUCAUCACUCUUUCCAUAAAGCUACACUUUUUGUUGCUGGGACUAAGUCAAAUUAUAUCACUUCGAAGGUUCAUCCCACGAUUAGGAAGUUCUUUCCCAACUCAGUUAUUGUUGAAUUAGAUGCUGGUCAUUGGG